ACUCAUAUCGAAAAGUUCGACGGAAGUAUUAAAAAAAACUCACUUUAACCAGCUCAUGACCGAUUAAAAAACACUUUAAUAAGCUUUGUAUCAAAAGUCGCAUUGUCAGGAUAUCAUAUACGCGAUCAAGGUAUAUAUAGCAUGUAUACCUUGGUACACUUUGAUUCUCAUACCAAACAAUCAUUGAUAACUAUCAAUUUAUAUCGUGGUCUUCUUCGCGAACUUUAUUUUCAGUGAAAAACUUUCAUUUGUGCUGAACAAACAAGUGUUCAUACUUAAAAGAUCCAUGGAUAUACCUUUCGUGUGCCUCGUGUGGGUAGACAAUUUGGCUUGAAUCUUGAAACUGUCGACGGAGAAAGUUUCUACGGAUUGUGUUUUUACUAACUAUAUUUAUUCGGAGUGGAUCAAACCAUUGUGAUUAUAAUCAAGUAUUGUUUAUGGGGGCAACGAUGGAAUAAAUAUAUAUUACCUUUUAACUUAGAAUUUUUAUGACGUCAUGGAUUCAGCAAACAAUGGGAGAAUUAUUCGUUCGAGUAGCCUUUCUCGACUACAGGACGAAGAUGAAGAUAGCAAUAACAAAAGCCACGAUGGAGAAGACUACCAAAAUCAAUCUUCACCGAACGGAGCAGUACCUCAUCCUGGUCACCGCUACUACACUCCUCAACCUGCUAAGAGGAAGGCCCUGAAGCCUAACCCAUCGGUAAAAACUCACAUCACUACCAAGCCACAAAUCUCACAGAAACCCCAGACACCCCCUGUCCAGGAACAUGGCUCCAGACAACCGAAGCUCACCCUUACCAUCCCUAAACGAACAGGAACCUUCGGAAGCCCUAGCCCGGACUCUGGAGAGCAGACUGGAUCGUUGGAUACCAGUUUAGACAGCGGUAAUGGAAGCGCCAGUGCUGGAAUACUGACAAAGCGAGCCUUAAAACCACCAAGCGCCCAGGUCAGAGCAAGUAUCGCCAAGACUAAUAGUACAUCAAGCACACCCAGUACGGCAGGAAGUGUGUUUACACCCGAAGGGCUCCGAAUUACGCCGGAAUAUGACGAGGGCGAACCCAUUCAACCAAAGAGGAAGGCACCUACUAGGCCUCCUAUUGGUCGCCGGAAGUCUGACCCGUCAUGUAACUCUCGAAUCAGACGAGCAGCCGCUGCCAAUAAAGAAAGUAUCAACGAUUUUGACGAUGAAAACACGAAGCCUAGAGUAUCUCGCAAUAGGACCCUUGAGGGAGGGAUAUCACCUUCUGAGAUGGAGAAGUACAUUGGGAGUCGUCAUCGUUAUUUCACCCCUCAACCAAGCAGACGGAAGUUUAGCUUUCGAGAUGGUCAGGGUCGUGUGGCUUCUGGGAACAGUUCACCUGCUUCUACGUUACAGCAUCCUCCUCAAUAUUCCAGAUCCCCUGUCGAGCGUCUUGCGAAUCAGAUGCGGAGUAAUAAACAGCUUGAUCGAGCACCAAGCUCUGAGGCAAUGAGUCCAGAGACCACUCCGGUGAACUCUCCAUUGAAGAAACCAAGAACACCAACAAAAGCAGCACCUCCUCCUCCUACUACUCAGGCAGCCAAACCAGAACCCUACGACUUCGUUACUGAUGAAGAAGUCAAUGUUGCUCAAAAGCAUGUAGGUGGUGCACGUCGAGCCCGUUCAAUGAGUGGAGGAUCCAUGCAAUCCAUUAAACGGCGACCCCUCCCAUCUGUGCCACAUCGACCUAGGUCAGGAUCAGCCUCAAGAGCAGACAAGGAUAUACCUACCGUUUCAAACAAAGCAAUUCAACGAAAGCGACGCAAUCGGCAAUCAGCACCGGCCGGCCGAGUGGCUAGUAUUCUGAUCGACUCCAACACAUCCCUUCACAACGCCGCAGCUCAUUCUGUUCCAGGUGAAAAGAGAAGAGAAACAUUACGUGAGGAACUCCUUCGAUCUUUGGUGGAUGGUAGUCCUAAGAGUGCAACUUUACCUGUUAAGAUGGACGGAACGACCAUUGAUGGUGACAAGAUCAACGGCAUGAAACAGGUAGAAAACUCCUUGAAGGUCAACAUGGUUCGACAAAAGUCCGGUUACGAUGAGCCAGACACGGCGCCUCGAUUCUCUCCUUUGCCGGAAAAGAAAAAAUCUUUCUCAAAUGGUGGCAACACACCCUCUCCUCCGUCAACACCGACUGGCUCACCUUCAAGACAACAUCCUAGAAGAAGACGAAAUAAAAGUUCUUUGAGUAGCUUGGUUUCUGUACCUAAGAGUCUUGUGGCAAGCAAUGAAUUCCUCAACGACAUUCUGCUUAGUGAUCGAGGCUCACAUAAAAAGCUGAAAGCCAUUGUAGGGUUCCUGGUUGGACUCAUCCUAGGUGGUCUCCUUUUCUUAGGACUCUACUACGGCCUCGACUAUCCAAUAUAUCCUGCUCUUAUCAUCGCCGUACUCGGGACUGCAUUCAUGGCACUAUGUCUCGCCUUUACUGUACGUGCAAGGUGUGUUGCAGCCCUGAUGGUGCCAACAAUCUGUACCUCAAGAGGGCGGGCUGCCUUCCUGACCUUUAUCGUAACCCUCCUACUCCGUGGACCUAUUCACAACAUCUAUCUGAACUCCAACGAAGUUUCCGACUCGAUGAGCUGCAGUGCACAGCUCGCUUACAACCAGUCCCGUGAAGUACAGGAAGCAGCACAACGUGUCCUAGAUGCUUAUGUCAGGGGUCUCCUAGACAGUGUAGAUCGAAUCCAAAGUUCUGUUGCUCAGGUGCAAAAAGUCUUUGAACCGGUUGAAGAUGGUCUAAACGUACUCAAUCAAGGACUCGAUCAAGCCUCAGAGGCGCUCCGCCGGGCUGCAGCCAGUUGCACUGAUAUCAUUACAGGAACUCAUACAGCGUGUGUCUCCUCCAUUGAUAACGUGCGUUCAAGUUGUGCCGAUUUAUUGUCGCAGCAGAAUUUGUUCGAGUCUGUAGGUGGAGUCUGUAACAUCUUCGACGCACGACCAUUAUGUGCCAUUCUGAACAUCGAUACAGUCUGUGUUGUACCUGCUUACGUGGAUGAUUAUAUAGAAGAGUCAUUGGCAGGCACUCGGAGGGCCAUACAGAUAGUCAUUGAUACCUUCUCAGCCGAUGUGGAUGUUUCCCGCGCGUUCGAUCGCGACUUUAAUCAGAGCAAGACCGCUGAGAACAUACAAGAAGCCAUUCAAGAGGAACUACAAAGAGCCUACAGCAAGGUCGACUGGGUUCUGCUUAUUUCGGAUAAACUCUUGGCACUCACUUUCGUUUGGCUUUGCAUAAAGUCCUACAUCUACCACUCGAGCUACCGCUCUAAAGAUUCAUUUGAUAACCAUUACAUUACCGCUCAAUUUAAAAGGUUGGACGCCGAUCGUAAGGAACGUGGAGUGUCUCAUAUUCUCCCUCUAAAGAAGCAUGAACGGAAUCAUCUCAUCGACGUCACCGAUUUACGUCUUAGCCGGACAGAGAAACGGUACCUAACCAUGGGUCUCUCACGAGUCAUCCUUCACGUCGUCAUUGCAGGCAUCCUAAUGUUUGUAGAUUUCGGUCUCUACUGGCUAUUGAGUAAGAUUAAAGAACAUGGCCAAUAUGAAAUUGAGGUGUCGAGUGGAACAGGGGUUAAUAUACAAGGAAACGGCAUUCUCGCCAAUUUCAUCCGCAUGCUCUAUGUAGAUGGCUUCAACGCUACGGCUUUUAACACUACAAUUAACACAACUGUGUGUCUCCCACAGCCAAGUCCACCAAACAACAACAUGGCUGUUGCUAUAAGCUUUCUUUAUGCAUUCACCGUUAUCAUGGUGCUGUCUCAGGCAUACGCGCUCCGGUUACUCCGUUACAUUGCCGCCUAUUACUAUCCCGAACGCGAAGCAGAACGAACAAAGUAUCUUUAUGGACGCACUUUGCAGAAGCGCCAAACACUGAAGAAAAUGCUGCGCGAUGCAGUGAGAAUAAACAAGAAAGAGCAUGAUGCUAAUGAUCGUAUCAGCAUCACAGCGUACCUUGCUAGGAAAUUUUCUUGUUGUAAAUUUCUUCUAGAUUGCUUUGGAAAUUGCUGUGGAUUUAAAAAGUUGGAAUGUCUUGGGUGCCGGUGUCCUGAUGAUGGUUACCUUGUGUAUUGCUCAGAUAGAGAAUGCGAUGGUGUAUACUGCGAGGAAUGUGCACGCACAUUGAAGGGAAAAUGUUCCGUUUGUGAUGAUAUUAUUAACCUAGGACAUAAACCUUUAGAAGCGGAACACCAAUUCUAGAGAUUUCUUAUUCUAAGAUAUAAAUGAAAUUACAAACGAAACUAUCAAAGUGCCCUGGUGCACUGGUUCUGACUCUCGCCUUAUAAGCAAUGGUUGUCUUUUUAAUUCCACCGUUGGCCUAUAUAUCCUCCUUCGGCAAGGCGUUGAUCCACACAUGACUCAUCACCCAUAUGUUAAAUGGGUACCCAAUAUGAGACAAUAGCCAGUGUACUAUGUCUAGCAAUUGCUUUUGGAAAAUAUCGAUAAAAUGUUCCCUUUGAAGUGGAGAAUGUCUUACAUUGUGUAUGGGCAGGUCACAAUCCCACAAUUGUGGUGAUUCUUUAUAGCACUUAAAGACAUCGCGAUGUACUUUACAUAUAAGCUGGUCAUGACAAUUAUUAACACGUUCAAUAACUUAUUAUUGAUUAUCAUAUUUUAUGUGUCUCUCAUGUACUUCUUAAAAGUAAUGUUACCCUUUAACCCUUGUUUUAAUAUGUUAUGCAAUCACAUAACACAUUAAAGAUUCAAUAAUAUUACCAUGUUUACACGAAGGGAGUCGUUUAAUCGUAGGAAGUCUCUUUAAGAUUAAAACAAAAUUGAAGGUCAAUUUAUAAGAAACCACUGCGAUACAACUUUUCCUCUUCAAUACGCUAUGGAAUUACUGGAUCAGCAUUGAACUGGUUUCGCUCAUACUUUAAUAUCGUACUCAAAAUGUUGUUGUAAAUAGUACUCUUUCUCAUCCCUUUGUCCUUAGCUAAGGCGUUCCUCAGGGUUCAGUAAUGGGGCCACGGUAUUUCUCAAUGUACACAUCACCGUUAGAAGAUGAAAUAGAGAAAUGCGGUAUUAGCAGAAUGAAUGGGAAUGCCCCUGCUUACCUCGGUGAUUUAAUUCAUAAAUAUCAACCCAGUCGAAAUCUUCGCUCACAAUCAAAGGAUCUUCUCUCUGAAAUACGAGUAAAGUCCGAUACUUUUGGUGAUAGAGCUUUUGGAAAAAUGGCACCAAAAUUGUGGAACAAUCUGCCUCAUAAUAUAAGAUCAGUAACAUAUAUUUCAACAUGAUUCAAAUCUGUGUUAAAAACAUAUCUUUUUAAGAAACACAUGUAUUAGCCCUAUAAAAAACAAAAAUUCUUCUACACGCAUAUAGAAUAUUUAUAUGGUAUUAUGCGUCUCUAAGAACUGCAUAUUAUUAUUAUCAUAUCCUUCCAUAAGCUGCUUUAGUGAUUAUGGUGAUGCAACGCUUGUUCAGCCCAUUCCGUUUGCCUAUAUUCAUGUAUUUCAUUGGCAACCUAAAUAUAUUCAUUCAUUCCUCUCAUCAAAACACCAUGCAUAGUAGAGUGGUAGCAGCACUGCAGAAUGGAAAAAUAACGUUUGGUGAUUGAUUAUUAAAAUCCCGUGUUAUCAAUACAAAUACAAACUUGCACUCCUCUAUCAUGCCUAUGGUUAUUUGUUAUGUACUAAUUAAUUUCUCACUGGUGUCAUCUCUCUCAUUCGUACUAUGUAAUACCAACUCCUUUACAGUACUUUUAUUGAGUAAGGAACUUACAAAUGUACUAUUUCUAAAAUCAUUAUACUCCCACCUUGCACUAAAUAUGCUUCUGGAUGACUGUUUUUUUCGUGUGCAAAGUACGAAACUAGGUAAGAACUUUCUUAAAUUAUAAUUUUACCUCCAAUUUCUUUACAGUGUAAGUAAGAAAGAUGUACUACUUGGAACCCUAAAGAAUAGCUUUCAGCUGAAAAGGGUGUUCCACUCAUGAGUUGAAAUAAAUGAAUAGAUAAUUAUAUAAACUUAAAAUCAUUCGUUCCAUUUCAUAAAGUUAAAUGCAUUUUCUCAUCAAUUGUUUUAGUUCUAAGUCAGAAACUUAAUAUGUACUACGUUCUCUCUAUAUCUGUAUAUAUGAGUGUACUACAUUAUUUGACAUAAUUUUCAUCAUUACACUAAGUAAAAGAUAUCGACUGCUCUAAAAACAUUACUUAAAGUAAAAAAAAUAAUGGUCAUGAUGUUCAUGAUGGUAAUUUCGAAUCCUUCAUUCCAACUUUGCAUCCAAUGUACUACUUUAUAUAAUUUGAUGUACUAAUACUAAUAAUAAGAAAGUAAAUGGUCAUGAUAUUGAACUAUUUCAAAUCCUACAUUCAAUCUUUGUACUCGAGGCCCUAUAUUUUCAAUAUUUUACGGAGUUUUUAAGUAAGGAAAUUGAUGGUGUAUUUAAAACCAUACAUUCCCUUCUUACACUAAAAGUAGUACUUAUUAGUUAUUUCUUUACAGAUUUUGUUUAAUACACCGAAAAGAAACUUAAAAGUCUACUUAUCGACUUAAAAAUUACACCUUUGCGCUAAUGUUAUAAUCUUCGGUAGUUUUACAGAAAAAAAAUCAACACAUGUAUUAUUUACAGUACUGAAUCUUCGUACUAAGAUACAUACUUAGUGUACUAUUUCAUAAUCAUACAUUUCCUCUUUCCUCCAAAGGCACGAUUCAUCGAUUAAUUCACUUUUUUUCUUAUGUUCUAAGUGCUAACGUGUUUUGACACAUUCCCUUUUUCGCUACAUGAUAACGUUUUACCGAAUUGCUUUUUAAAUGUGUAUUUUAAACUUCCCUUCUAAUACUAAAAUUUUAGAUAGAAGUACUUAUGUAUCUUGUUUAUAUCAUCUACCUUGUAUAUGCAGUACAUAUGUUUAUUAAAUUCUCUCUUAGUCUUACGAAGUAAAAUUAAUUUGUGUUUCUUAUUUUUCAAUGUUCGAUUCAGUUAGGCAUACAUAUUAUAUCUCCAAACACAUUUUACAUUAUACCAUGUGUCAAUUGAUAUUUUAAAGACAUUUCUUCUUAUUACUGAUAUGUUUCAUACUAAAUGAUAAAAAUAUCACAAGAAGUAUACACAAAAUAGUUUUUCACUGUAUAAUAAUUUUGACACUUUGUUCUACAGUUUGUUCUUAAUUUGAUAAAUAUUCUUGAACUUUUUAAACAAGGUGCACUUUUAUCGUGAACUAACUUUAUCGAAAUUCACUUUAUUCUAUCCAU